AUGUGGGUCCCAGGAGCCUUGUCAAACUACUUAGGCAUUAUACUGACCUCCAAUCCAGAUGAUCUGGUUGCUGCAAACUAUACUUCAUUCCUGAAGUCCUUUAAGGACAGGUUACAUAAACUAGCACACUUUGAGCUAUCCUGGUUUGGUAGAUUGGCGGCUUUUAAGAUGCUAAUUUUGCCCCAGCUUUUGUACAUCUUCAGGACCCUUCCAAUUCCCCUGCCCAAUGUUUACUUUAAUUCCUUACAGUCCACUCUCAAUAGUUUCCUGUGGCAAGGGAAAAAAGCUAGGUGCGCAUUCAGCAAGAUAAUUAAGAGUAGGACAGCAGGAGGUUUAGGCCAUGUACACCUGCAAGACUAUUACUUUGCAUCUGUGCUAAACCAGCUUAGUCACUGGGUUAAUCCAGAUUCCAAGGUAUUGUGGAAGGACCUGGAACAAUUACAAGUACCUAAGGUGAACCUCAGGAAUUUCUUAAUGACAGUACACCUCAACAAGUCGCUGGACAAAAGAUUUGCAUCACCUAUCUUGGCUUCGUUGAGGGCUUGGGCUCAUCUAUGUGCAGCGAACAAAUGGGAGGGCCCGACAACGCCAUUUAACCUUCCUAUAACGGCAAUCAAUAAUAUAAUUCCAGACUUAAAUCUUGCUCUGUGGAAGGAGAAGGGAAUAAUAAACCUAGAAGAUAUAAUUGUAGACUCCCAUAUGAUGACCUUCGAGGCUCUGCAGCAGAGGUACCUUCUCCCACUGCACAAAUAUGUGAGAAAUCUUCAUUACAUGGACCGAAAUGAAGAUGAGCGCUACUUUAAUGAGAGAAGGGACGCUUCAACCUAUCUUGGUUUACAAAUGUGGAUUUUUUUAAACAAAACAGAGUUGCUUUACAAAACAAUUUCCAUUAUUCAAGGCCCAGACUUUGUGCCUGUAAUGCUUACCAAUAUGAGUGAUCCCGUCUCCUGGAAAAGAGGCAAAAUUCCGGUAUCUCGAUGCUCAGAUCCCUGUUUACCUGGCAGCCGAAAAAAGUUUGGAUCUUCAAUUCAUAAAUGUUGCUAUGAGUGUGUCCCGUGUCCAGAAGGAGAGAUCUCCAACAUUUCUGACAGUACAAACUGCAUGAAAUGCCCUGAUGAUGAAUGGCCAAAUGAGAAGAAGGAUCGGUGUGUUCCAAAAUUGGUGGAAUUCCUCUCCUACACUGAUGAUCCCAUUGUUGGAGUAUUUUCAGCCGUCUCCAUCCUCUGUUGUCUUCUGACUGGUUUAAUAUUGAGGAUAUUUAUACAUUACCAGGACACCCCCAUUGUUAAAGCCAAUAACCGGGACCUGAGCUAUCUUCUCCUGGUCUCCAUCAUGCUGAGCUUCCUCUGUGUCUUCUUGUUCCUCGGCCAUCCAGUAGAUGUGACCUGCAUGCUGCGUGUCACCUCUUUUGGUGUCAUCUUCUCAGUUGCCGUCUCUUCUCUACUUGCCAAAAGUAUCAUGGUGUGUAUUGCUUUUAAAGCCACCAAACCUGGGAGUCCCUGGAGGAAAUGGAUGGGAACCAAACUGCCAAAUUGUAUAAUUUGUGUCUUCUCAUUGGUCCAAGUCAUAAUCUGUGUCACUUGGUUGUCUAUUUCUCCUCCCUUCCAGGAUCGGGACACUCACUCUUAUCAGGGGAAGAUCAUCAUUCAGUGUAAUGAGGGUUCAGUUAUCGGCUUCUACUCUGUCCUGGGAUAUAUGGGGCUUCUGGCAGCUGUGAGUUUCAUUAUCGCUUUUUUAGCCAGGACAUUACCGGACAGUUUUAAUGAGGCCAAGUACAUCACCUUCAGCAUGCUGGUGUUCUGCAGUGUCUGGAUUGCCAUGAUCCCGGCCUAUCUGAGCACCAGAGGGAAAUACAUGGUGGCUGUGGAGGUUUUUGCAAUAAUGGCCUCAAGUUCUGGACUUCUUGGCUGUAUAUUUUUCCCAAAAAGUUACAUAAUUCUGUUCAGACCUGACCUGAAUACAAAAACAUAUAUUCAUUAAAAUGUAUGAAACAACUCUGGGUUUCCAGUAGUU